UGUUGAGGUUCGGAUAGGGCCGUUGGCCUGGUGCGCUGUGAGUGGUCCUCCCUAGAGAUGCUGGGGAGAAGGGGCGGAGCCACCCCAAAGGAUGAGCCUUACUUGGGCCGUCAGAUCAGCUGGGGGUGCAGAUUUGGAAAGAGCCCUGGCAAUCGGAAGACAGCAAAGCUAGCCUGUGGCGAGGAAGAAGCCCAGCUGAUCCCAGGGGGUGUUUUAUGGAUUAAUUCUUAAUUGAUUACAUACAACAGCAAUAUAGUUAUGGCGACCUUCCAGACUUUGAGAAACAGUCACAUGAAGACUAGAGCAUCUGUCAGAAAAAGCUUCAGUGAAGAUGUGUUCCAGUCUGUCAAGUCCUUAUUGCAGAGUGAGAAGGAACUAUGCAGUAUAUCAGCAGAGGAUUGUUUAAAGCAGGAUGAACAUGUCAAUUUGACUGAGGUCACAUUUCUAGGUUUUAAUGAAGAAACAGAUGCCGCUCAUAUACAGGAUUUAGCUGCAGUUUCUUUGGAACUUCCAGAUCUUCUGAAUUCACUGCACUUCUGCAGUCUAAAUGAAAAUGAAAUUAUUUGUAUGAAGGAUAUAAGUAAAUCAUCAGAUAUAAACAGUGGUCCUCUAAAUCAGAGUCAGCAUUCUGGAAUGCUCUGUGUCAUGAGAGUGUCACCUACAUUACCAAGACUCAGAAUUGAUUUUAUCUUUAGUCUCCUAAGUAAAUAUGCUACUGGUAUAAGAUAUACCCUGGACACAUACUUGGAUCAGAAGCGCCAACUUGAGACCACUGAGGAAGAUGAUGAUGACACCAACCAGUCCGUGUCUUCCAUAGAGGACGACUUUGUCACUGCUUUUGAGCACUUAGAGGAAGAAGAGACCUCAAAGCCAUAUAAUGAUGGAAUAAAUAUUCCUGCACUGAAGAGCCAGUGUGAUGCUGCGUCACAGACUUCUUCUGGUCACCAUUUAGAAACCCAUGAUUUAAGGAUUCUGGUUAGCUCUGGGAGGCAGAAGUCACUGGCUAAACCUUCAACAUCCUUAAUAAAUAUGCUGGGACAUAAAGAACUACCUGCUGUGAAAACUUCAGUCACCACCUUAAUUUCUGAGCCUUGGAUCCAGAAGAGUUUCUACAGGUCAUCUAAUGCUUCAGAUAAAGGUAGUGAUGCUCAGAAGAUGGUUUUUUCUUCUUCUCCAGCCUACUCCUCUGAAUCUGAAUGCUCCAGUCCAAGUCCUGUUAUUUUCUUGGAUGAGGAGGGUUAUCAGAAAAGUUUAAAAGCAAAACUUGAGUUACCUAAAAUUCCUGUGAUGAAAGAUGAUAUAGAGGAUUCAGACUCAGAAGUAAGUGAAUUUUUUGACAGUUUUGAUCAGUUUGACGAACUAGAACAAACCUUAGAGACUUCUUGUCCAUUUCCAAAAGAUCCUGUCCUAGGAAAGCCAUCACAAAAGAAAGGACACAAACAUGAAAAAUCGUGUUCUGUAACCACUACUAUGAAUCCUCAAAAAUUCAAGUUUGAUCGUCCAGCUCUCCCAGCCAACGUUAGAAAGCCGACUCCUCGUAAACCAGAAUCCCCUUAUGGUAACCUGUGUGGUGCUCCGGAUUCACCCCGCCCGGUGAAGGCGUCAGGGGAAGACAGCGGUGUGUUUAGCCCUAUUCGAUCCUCUGCCUUCAGUCCUCUUGGUGGCUGUACUCUUGCUGAAUGUUUUUGCCAAACAGAUCCUGGUGGAGAGAGGAUCCAUGAAAAUCAUGAUUCUGUUUAUUACACCUAUGAGGAUUAUGCCCACAGCAUUUCAUGUGAGGUACUGGGCUCUGUUCUUCAUACCCAACACACGAAUGGGACCUCAAACAUGCAUAGUAUUAAAAAGGGAGAAAAUAAAACGACAGCUCUUGAGAGUGAAAGCCUUGAUCAAAAAAGUAAAUCUAAAAAUAAAUCCUUGAUGAUUAAAGAUAGCAUUCAGAAAUUUGCGUCAGAUCUUGUGGAAAAAAGUUUUGGCAGUGCAUUUAAAGACUUACAGAAAGGAGUCUCUUCAUGUACCAACGCAUUGUGUCACUUAGCCAUCAGAUUGACAUCCUCCGUUUUUCAGAUGGCAUUUAAUGAACUGAGAAGGCAGUGUGCGUUUUCACUGAGAGAACGCGCCAUUAGCGGUCUGGCUAAUUUUUUGGUGAGUGAAGCUUUAGCAAAUGCUUUGCAGGAUUUACAGUAUGUUAAGAAGCAGAUAUUCACAAACACAGUGGCGAGGUUUGCCGCGGAUCUUGCCGAAGAGCUUGUUUUUGAAGGCAUCAUGGAAGUGUGUCAGUUUUCCUAUCCUCCAACCCCUGUAUCUCCACAGUGUUGGUCGCUGGACUGUGAGGACCGAGUAGUCAAGUCCUAUGCACAAGACCUGUCUGAGUCUGUAAUACAGGAAGCGUUCAUUGAGCUUUCGCAGGUCAAUGUGACCUUCACAACCAAGGCAGCGGUUAGUGUUUCUACAGAUAACCUAAAGUGUGCGAGCACAGAAAAUUCAGUGCCAUUGACACAGACCUCCACGUGUUCCCCUGCUUUUCACAGUCAGACAGUUACGGCGCCAAGACCUGUUCAGGACUAUAAAAAGGAAUACACAGUACAGCAGGCCUUGUUUUGUACUUCUGGAGUUGUUACUUCUAUACCAGUGCCCUUGGCAGGAAGUGCCCUUCUCCCAUAUCAUAUUUCAUCUAACAUAUAUCAGGCAAAGUCUCAUCGUUCAUCUGAUGACAGUAAUUUGAAUGGUGAUUCUACCCAGACAUGUGUUACCACAAAAAACAAAGAGGAAGUAGCAUGUCUCAGAAAUAUUUGUUUACCCUCAGACCACAAUCCAGGUAACCAGAAAGAUUUGAAACCAACUAAUGAUGAUACUGAAAUGCAAAGGUCUUCAAAAUUAAUGAGCGAUCCUGUGAUUAUUAGCAACUUUUCUGCCGCAGUGGUGCAUAUGAUUGUAAAUGAAACGUUAGAGUCAAUGACAUCCUUCAAAGGUACAAAAACAGUUGAUGAACACAAAGACUGUGUAACUACAACAGUAAAGGGAAAACCCCUUCCUUUCCACUCCGAUCAAGCAACACUGCAACAGAGUGAAGCUAGCAAUAAGGACAUGUUUGCUGAUCAGUUAUCUAAAUCUAUUAUUAAACAUUCCAUAGAUAAAAGCAAAUCAGCGAUCCCAAAUGUAGAUAAAAACGCUGAACCCAAGGAAGGCUUGCCUGUUUCCAGGGCAGAGUCACAGUUGACCUUCGAAAAGUUCCCCGAAUUUCUUGAUGCUCAAGAUCACUUAACCCACUGUUCAUUUGCAGCAGGAAAGGAUCGUGUUCCAGAAUGUAAAGGUUCGUCAGCUCACGGCUCUUCUUUAGAGACACUACCACCUUGUCCAACGACUGCGCGUCAGAAACCUGAUUUGAAGGACGUCGCUAAAGACAAAUCUGUGAAAAAGCAUAGUGUGAAUAAUACAGCACUUGAGCCCUUGUCUUUCGGGCAAGAACACCCUUUUCCUCAUUCACAUACUUUCUCAACCACAGUGCUUCCAUGUGUAGAUGGUGUGCAUGUGGAAGAGAAACAGAAAAUUAGAGACGGAAAUGUAAUACCGGAUACUCCUCCCUCCACUCCCCUUGUACCAUCCCAGGCUAGUUCUGAAUGGGAUAUCAAGAAGCUAACCAAAAAACUGAAGGGGGAAUUAGCAAAAGAAUUUGCACCUGCUACACCCCCGUCUACACCUCACAACUCAUCCGUGGGUAGUUUGUCCGAAAAUGAACAAAAUACGAUAGAAAAGGAAGAGUUCAUGUUGAAACUCAUGCGAUCUCUUUCAGAAGAAGUUGAAAGUAGUGAGGAGGAAGAGCAUCCAGAAGUGGGUGUGAAGUCCGAGCACUCGGGGAAGAAAGUUCAGUUUGCAGAAUCGCUGGCUACGCACAUCAUCUCUCUCGCGACGGAGAUGGCAGCUUCCCACCUAGAUAAUAAAGUCACUCAAGAACCCAAGGUGAAAAGCCCUUGCUUAAAUGCAAUAAGUCAAAGAAGUGUGUCACCUACUGUUCUAAAUCACUCAGAGGAAAAUUUACAAACCUUGCGCAAUUUUGCAGGUGAUCUGGCAGCGGAAGUCAUCACGGAAGCUGAGAAAAUAGCCAAAGUUAGAAGUUGUGUGCUUUUCAGGCAAAGGAGGAAUAGCUGUUACGUUGGUGGUGGCCGAGGUGAUAGAUCAGAAGAGAGAUUGGAUAUAGAGGCUGUUGCACGCUCAAGAGAAGUAGAUCCCUUCAUUCUUCCGCUACCACCAAGUUCUUGUAUGUCUGGUCUGACCUACAAGUAUCCCAGCUGUGAAAGCGUGACAGACGAGUAUGCGGGUCACAUUAUCCAAGUGCUAAAACAGGAAGGGGGCAAUAGUGAGUUAAUAAUGGACCAGUAUGCCAAUAGACUCGCUUAUCGAUCUGUUAAAUCAGGAUUACAAGAAGCUGCUAAGACUGCCAAAAUGAAAUGCAGCUCAAAAAUGUUCCCCGUGCAAAGCUCCCAGGUGAAAACCAAGAACGAACUGUUCACAUUCUUAAAUAAAGAACACCACCAAGAAGUAGAUAGAGAACGACAAAGUAAAAGAAACGGAGGUUACCUCUGUAAAAAUCAAACUUGUGAAUGGACGCGGGAUACGUAUAAAAAUGAGUGCUCUGAACUGUACAGUUUUUCAGCCUCUCUUGCUCACAGCAUAACAAGAGAUGUUAGAAAAGAGCUGACAGCAUCUGCAGUUGGCUUGCCAAAAUCCUUAACAGAUUCUUGCCUUUAUGAAAAGUCUGGACGUGAUGAAGAUACCAAGUCUCACAUCGAGCCAGAAUUGCUUCAGUCUCUUCAGCCUUCCUCACAAAAUCACAAAUGUUACCACAGUACAGGCAGCUUACAUGGGUGUGGUUAUGGAGAGAAUGUCGUUCAAGCUAUAGAGCAGUAUGCCAAGAAAGUAGUGGAUGACACUUUAGAGCUAAGUUUAGGAUCUGCAGUUUACCAUGCGUCUGAGUCCAUGAAAGCAGCCGAGAGGGUCACUUACGCAGAAAAGUUGUCACCUCUUAUAAGUCAAGCUUGCAGAUACUGUGACCGUAAAGAACUGCAUGAUUGCACUGGAAAUUCAUCUCUACACGUUUCCAGACAGGAUUCACUUGCUAGUAGUAAGCCAGUUUCUAAUUCAAAACUUACCAAUGUCUAUCAGGAAUCUAGAAUUUUUCAUCUUGAUGUCCCACAAAUUCAUGUUGGUCUCGAUAAAAAGACAGUGCUUGCUGAGAAGAUAGUUGCGGAAGCUAUUGAAAAAGCAGAGAGAGAGCUGAGCAAUACCAGCUUGGUGGCUGAUAGUGGAAUUGGACAAGAUGGCGUUAGCUUUGCUGAGAGCCUUACCACAGAAAUAAUGACGUCAGCAAUGACGAAUGUUGGCCGUGCAGUUAGCAGUCCAAAAGAAAUAGAAGAUUUUCAGUCAACUGAGUCUUUCGUCAGCCAGCAGAUGAAUCUCAGUAUUGGUGAUGACAGCACUGGCAGCUGGUCCAAUUUAAGUUUUGAAGAUGAACACCAGGAUGAAAGCAGCAGUUUUCAUCACCUCAGUGAAAGUAAUGGUAACAGCAGUAGCUGGAGCAGUCUUGGUUUAGAAGGAGAUUUGUAUGAGGACAAUUUAUCCUUUCCAACAUCAGACAGUGAUGGGCCAGAUGAUAAGGAUGAAGAACAUGAGGACGCUGGAGAAGGUUUGGAGCAAGACAGAAAGAUUCUGCUUAUUACAAAUAUCGACAUGGAGCCGUGCACAGUAGACCCCCAGCUAAGGAUUAUUCUUCAGUGGCUUGUUGCUUCUGAGGCUGAAGUGGCAGAACUUUAUCUUCAUGACUCUGCAAAGAAGGAAUUCGUACAACUCUCCCGCAGACUACAAGAAAAGGGCUGGAAGGUGGGGGACGUCCUGCAGGCUGUGCUGCGGUACUACGAAGCGCGGGCCAAGCCGGCCGACCCCGCCAGCUGCAAGUCGCUGUUUGAUUGGCUCUUGGAAAACGCAUAGUACGAACCUGCAGCCCUACACCUGCAGCCCUACACCGCACCGCGCAGGGCGAGGAGGAAACGGAGAAAGAUGCAGAGGGUAAACUGUGAAUAUUAACACUGACAGUGAACUGUGAGGGAAGUAAAUUGAGCUUUUUAAGCGCAUUCGGUCAUCCCAUGUUGUAUAUAGUUCAUACUUUUGUAAUCUCUGUCAAAUAUUCUCUUCAUUAUUCUUCUAUACACAUGCGUAAUGUGUUGAGACCCUAAGACCGUUGAUUUGAAGGAAGGUCUGACCAGGAGGUUUUCAGGGACACUGACUGACAGCAUUCUUUUUGCAUCCGAAUAGUGCUGCUACAAACCACAGCUGAGGUGGCUGAGGGUAGGUUCCAGGGAUAAAGACUUAGAAUUCUGCUCCUUUGCAAACAAAUGCUAUUCUGUUGAGAACUAAUCUGACAAAAGAGCUUUGAGGCUAAUGGGUUCCCCACCCCUCUACCUCUCCCAUAGAAAGUCAAUUUUAUUUUCAUAGCUCGGGCGCUUGGUAGUGUUUUGAAUCCCCCAAAUAUUUAAUUUCUUAGAAACAUAUUAGUAUUUUAGGUUUCUAUAAAUACCAUAAAUGAUAGUUUCUCCAGCCUUUCAUCAAAUAACAUUAUUUGCUGAUGUUGCCAGUCCACCUGGCAUGAAAAUGAGAGAGAGAGAGAGAGAGAGAGAGAGUGUGUGUGUGUGUGUGUGUGUGUGUGUGUGUGUAAAGGAGUACUUUAGCCUUGCCCAGUGGGUUUGUGCCCUUUUUUAUUUUACUGUUUUCUUGGUUAGAAACCCACUGUUGACAUUUAAAGGUGCUUUAAAAUAAAAUGUCUAUGAAGAUUUGCAGUAAGAAUUUUUAUUUCUUUUUUUGACUAUUUUGGGUCCCUGACAUAUCCUAUAAAUGAGAAUAAAUUUAGGUGCAAAACAUGUUAAAAUUUUAAAAAUUAAUGUUAAUAUGGAAAUGCAUUUAGAGAAACCCAGUAAUUAUUUACAUUGUUGAAUUUUUUUAAAAAACCCCACAAAACUUUCUGCUUAGCAAGGAUAAGCUUUUUCUAGAAAAAGUGGGUAUUCCCAGCUCCUUGCCCCCCCUGCAAUAAAAUGGUAUCUGUUCUGUUUCGUAAAGUCGUCUGACAUGAGUUUUCUGGGCUCUAUGUUUUCUACUACUUUGUCUUUAGAAACUACAGGUUGACUUGAAUAGAGGACCAAGAUUGUGUCUUGGUUUUGGAUGCGAAGGUAUGCACGUGUGAAUUUUUGGUUCUUCCAUUAGCGUCGGUCUAGAGUAAAUCACUUUUUGUUGGGGGCUUUGGUUUUGCUCCAUGACAUUUUCUUUUUUCCUGAGCACUGACUGUGCUGGAAGCUGCACAAAGCGUGGAAGACAUAGCACCCACCGAGGGGCAAGGAAUAAGGCACUUACAUUAAUUUGGAUUAAUCAUUACGGUAGAGAAAUAUAUUUUAUAACGAGAGAGUAAAAUUUGCUUUUUAAGAAAAAUGCCAAAAGCUAUACUUAAAUAUUUUGAAGUUACAGUGUAAAUUUUGGUUUUUCUCAAUUUGAAAUAAAGAAAUAGAGCAAGCCUUAAAAAUAAAUUUUCCUAAAGUUCUUCAAGUAUUUUUUAAGGUAGAGAAAUGCAGGAAAUCUAUAUAGCCAGAACGGUUUCCGUCUUUAGCUUCUCAGAACUUGAGAUGCAGCAGCGCUGGACUGGGUUUAUACACGCCAGGAGCCGGGUUGUUGAUUAGAACAUGGAUUAAGUGAUUAUUAAGUUUAGAUUGAAUUUUUACAAGUAUAUAACUAUCAAGUUGUGUUUAGUAAUUUCGAUACAUGUACGGAUUUGAUUAACAGCAAAUUGAGUUCUGAAUUUCUUUUAAACUAAAGUGAAAAUAUAUUCGUUUUGUAAAACUUUCUGUGCUUGAAAAUGUUUCUAUCUCUUAGGGUAAUAAUCAUUUUGAAGUAAGAUUUUCCUCCUGUCCUUGUUUUCUCUGCGUUUACCUGGAGCUGUGCUGGACUCGGAGUUCCUUUAUGUAGCCACUACGUCAUGACAGACCAGUCUUUAGGUGUUAGCAUGUGUGGUUAGAAUCCUAAUGGAACUCUACCCUUGUAUAGUUUAGGGACGUAGAGAAAAAUAUUAAGUAUUGGCAGAUGUAAGAAGCGUGAGUAAAGCUCCUUGUAUGGAGAGAAGGAUCUUUUAACCAAGUCCAGUUUAAACUUACUUUCUUUAAAGGCACUUUGUGAUUAUUCCAAAGACAUCUUACGUCUCUUUGGUUGUUUGGUCUUCAGAACAGCCCUGUUUGUUGAGAGAACCACCACCCCCACCCCCUCUCAUUAAACAUCUACUUGACGUAUUUAUAUUAUAACAUUGUUAUCUUGCCAUUCUGUGCAUUUUGGCCCUUAUGAAAUUACCAUGUCUUAUUCAGAACUGUUAAAGUUGUGAUGUGCAUUGAGUUGAAUUCUCUGUUUAUCAGUUUCAGAACUCUUGAAGGAUCUUGGGAAAGAAAGCGAAUGAGGCCUCUGAUAAGGGUUUUUUUAAAAACAUUAUUUUUGACUGAAAUGCAGCAGUUCUUUCAUAUUCUUCUUUUCCCAAGCCAAGUUUAAAUUACAUUUAUAUUUUGGAGAUUGUUAAUGUUGAUUUUGAAAAUAUUUCCUGAUUUAUACAAAAUGAAUGAUUCAUUUAUAAAUUACAGAAGAAAAUUAAAAUACCUAUUGGGAUGGUUGAUAGAAUUUUAAUGGAGUAAUAAAACCUUUGAGGGUAUUCUGUCAGUGAAUACGUGUGAUAACAUCUUUAUACUUUGAAAAAUGUUCCACUUACCCUUUCAGAUAUUUGAUGUGAAUUAAUUCAAUUCAUAAUACUUCCAUUUUGCUUAAAUAAGGGUUUUAUGUUGCUGGUAGGAGAAUUUAAUUACUUAUUAAAUGUACCAUGUAUAAAGUGAAAGAUCAUUUAUCCACAUGGCUUUGACAUCCGUGCACAUUUCCUAAAUGCAAAACUUAACCCUGACUCAUCAUUGGAGUCCAGACUCAAGAUGUCUUCUUAGUUAAUUAUUUAGCUAAUAGUAUUCUUUCACAAUUAACUAUCAAUUUCCCAUCAGUAUGUUGCUUUAAAUUUUAUAUUUCCCAAAGGAAACUUUACACAGUUAAAAAAAAAUAUAUUAAUGCAUCCACACUCAGGGUGUAGGGAAGAUACUUUUCCAUUUAAAACCCUGCCCACCUGUCACCAGCACAAGACAAUUAGAGCUUUAGUGGGAAUUCUGUGAUUAUACUAAAGUGAAAUGCAUUUUUUUCUUCAUUUUUAGCAAAAGACCCCAUGCACAUUUACUCCCUUACUGUAUUCCUGCUCUGAAGAGGCAGGUGCAGCGUUGGUCACUCUCGUCACUUUAUUUAUUUAUUAUGAUUGUUUUUUUACCAUCCAUGUACAUUCCUUUCACAUGGGUAGAAUUGCAGUUCUAGAAGUCCAUUGUUUGUUUUUGUUGUAAUGUUUGAAUACUAUUUAAUAUCAGGUUUUAAUAUUGCUGGAUUUGCUGACUUUGGUUACUUGUGCCGUGUUUAAAGUAAUUCACGUUCUUGUUUAAUAUAUAUAUAGCAAAAGCAGCUUUGAGUAAUUGUAGCUGUUUAUUUGUGUGGAAUUACUAUAUUAAGAUCUUGUAUAACAGUAACUUUUUUUGGCUUUUCUGUCCUUUGAUAUGUUCAUUUACCAAAAUAUGAACUUCAGGAUGCACUAUACUUUUGUUUUUGCAGUGGCUCAAAAUAAACAUUUCAGAAACCACCUUUGUAAUCAUUUGCAAUUAAUUGUUCUUUUAUCUUUUAUGAAUUGUUUGUGAUCUUUCCUCUCCCAACUAAGAAUUCUCCAAUAAACAUAAGAGAUGCCUG